UUGUUAGAGCUGCCACUUGAGUAUCUGUUCAAUAUAACGGAUAAUCUGUGGCUGACUGGAACAACUCAGUUUUGCUUACCUUUAAAAAAAGCAUAUAUUUUUGAUACACACGCACAAGGACAAAAUGUUACAAAGUAGCAUAUAGAAUGCAACAAAAGCUGGGUGCCAUCGAUGGAACACUGGAUAGGCUACCUUGUAUCACUAGACCGGAUUGUACAUCACCCUUCAUCACUUUUGGGUUUAGGUUCACGAGCGAAUAUCGCACUGAAAUUCAAUUGGUCAACAACUAAUCGAUGCAGCAUUUGAACCAAUCACAUUUAACAACGAGCCCCAGAGCGCGUAUAAUUUUUGGGACAGUUAUAAAAUCGAGGCCAGAAAUCUCACAAUACCAGGCGGAGAGCCCCUUUCUCUCUCACCACACGGAAAGCCACAACGCUUGGCCUCAUUGAAAAGAAAGAAAGAAAGGAAAUGCAGAGGGAUGUAUGAUGGCAGAGCUACAAAUGUUGCUAGAGGAAGAAAUUCCAGCCGGUAAACGAGCACUCGUGGAAAGCUACCAAAAUCUGUCGAGGGUUGCAGAAUACUGUGAAAACAAUUAUGUACAGGCCCAGGAUAAGAGGAAAGCUCUGGAGGAGACUAAAGCCUACACCACCCAGUCUCUGGCGAGCGUUGCCUACCAGAUCAAUGCCUUAGCCAACAACGUGCUGCAGCUGCUGGACAUCCAGGCCUCGCAGCUGCGCCGGAUGGAGUCCUCCAUCAACCACAUCUCUCAGACAGUGGACAUCCACAAGGAGAAGGUGGCACGGCGAGAGAUCGGCAUCCUGACCACCAACAAGAACACGUCGCGCACGCACAAGAUCAUCGCCCCGGGCAACAUGGAGCGGCCAGUCCGGUAUAUCAGGAAGCCCAUCGACUACACGCUGCUGGACGACGUGGGCCAUGGUGUCAAAUGGCUUAAAGCCAAGCAACAUGGCAACAACCAGCCAGCGAGGGGAGGAGGAGGAGGGGGGACAUUAUCGAGGACCAAUCCACCGACACAGAAACCCCCGAGCCCACCCAUGGCUGGUCGUGGAACUCUUGGGCGAAACACCCCAUAUAAGACCCUGGAGCCAGUCAAGCCUCCAACGGUGCCUAACGACUAUAUGACCAGCCCAGCACGACUAGGCAGCCAGCACAGCCCUGCACGCACUGCCUCCCUCAACCAGCGACCCAGAACACACAGUGGCAGCAGUGGGGGUAGUGGCGGGCGAGAGAACAGCGGUGGCAGCAGCAUAAGUGUUCCUCUGGCCGUGCCCACUCCCUCCCCUCCCAGCCUGGGACCAGCAGUCCCUCAGGGCCCAGGCCUGGGUCCCAUCCCCAUGUCCCAGUUUGGCACCAUCUCGAGGCAGGUCUCCCGCCACAACUCCACCGCCACCUCAGCCUCCAUGGUGUCGGCCACAGGUACCUACCGCCGGGCGCCCUCCGGCAGCUCCCAUUUCUCCAUGUCCCAGCAGCCCCACCUCAACGGGGGACCCGCAUACCCCCAGAACUUAGUGUCUGUGGCUCCUCCUCCCCCUCCUAUGGUCCAGCUGACUCCUCAGAUUCCUCUGACGGGCUUUGUGGCCAGAGUACAGGAGACCAUAACAGACAGUCCGGACCCCCUUCCACCGCCACCUCCCGAGGACGUCGUCAUGUUUGAGGAGCCCUCGCCCCCUCCUCCGCCCCCACCAGUGGACUACCAGGGGGAUGAGGAGGCGGCCGUGGUGCACUACAAUGACCCUUAUGCUGACGAAGACCCCCACUGGGCCCCCAAGUCCUACGUAGAGAAGGUGGUGGCCAUUUAUGACUACUCCAAGGACAAGGAGGACGAACUGUCCUUCAUGGAGGGCUCCAUCAUCUAUAUCAUCAAGAAGAACGACGACGGCUGGUACGAGGGCGUCUGCAACGGCGUCACUGGCCUCUUCCCCGGCAACUACGUAGAGUCCAUCAUGCACUAUGCAGACUAAGGGCGGACAUUUUGACAGUGCAAAAACGGCAGGAUGUUACAAAGAAACGGGCUGAGUUUAGUAUUUGAAACGAUAAGGUAGCUUUUAGUAAGAUUUUGGCAUUUGUUUUGCACGGUCAAAUUGUCCUGAAAGCCCCCCAUCUCUUAUCCACACAGAAAAACGUCAAUCUUACUUUUACAGAAAAAAAAUAAGAAAGAAUAAACAAACAAACAAACAUAAAGAAGUGCAUUGCGACAUGAAUGACCGAAUGUUUGUUUUUGUCAGUGUCCAAAUUGCAAUGUUACAAAACAAGCUAAAUAUUCAAUUUACUA